UAAGAUUCUAUUUUCGUUGCCAUUUACUUUAUUUUACUUUGUUGUCUUUAAUUUUUUGGUCAUUUGGGAUCUAAACCCUCUCCCAUGAAAACAUAAGAAACCCUAGCUCUAGUUCGUCUCACAAGGAAACAAAUUAUAAGGGAAAAAAUUGCCAAAAAAAAUUAACAUGGAAAAUCGACGAAUCUAGUAGCGUUUCAAGUUAGAAGGCUCAGAUUCGAACUCCAAUUCACGUGUAUUGUCCGUGAUCUUCGUGAAUACCACGAGGAUUCGGUUUUUUAACGUCAUGUCGAUUGAGAUCUGAAAAAAACGUAGGGGGCAUAUAUGAUGGAAUGUGAAAAUUGGGGGGUUUCGGGGCGUUUGGAUUGAGGAAAAGUUGAUGGAAAAUAGAGAAGAAAACUCACAUGGUGCUGCAAUUCCUGAGAAAUCUAGAUCUUUGGAUCUUAAGAGCUUGUAUAAUCCUAGGGCGACGAAAGAGCUUCAUGGUAAUAAUUUGAAGAGGAAUAAAAGUAGUUCCGUGGAUGCCGACUGGACGAGGAACAAGAAGAAGACUAGGAAAGAGGUGUCUCUGAGUAGUUUUGGAAAUGUAAAUGAUUGUAGUAAAAAGAGCGUGGAUGAAGUGUGUAGUGGUCAAUUCAGUUCUGGUUCCCUUGAUACAAAGGACUUGAAGUCAGGUUUAAGUCAGAAGUCGAAUGGUAGUAGCGGGUUUGAUACUGUUUCUCUUAGUUUGAACGAUAAUUUCAUUUGGAUCCCAAAGCGGAAGCGGGGUUUUGCCGGGCGAAAGAAGUUUGAAGGCAGUCAAGUGUUGAAGCCUGUGGACAAGUCUAAUAGUAAGGUGGCCCCUGUUGAUCAGAUAGACAAUUCAAGUCCCAAUGAUUCAGGCACCCAGGUUGAGUCUUCAAAAGUAAAACAAAAGAAAGCUUUUGACGAGUUUAAGGAAAAUAGAAAUAGUGAGUUGAAUUUGGUUAGGCACUCAAAGGAGGAAGGGCAUGCUGGUCUUUUGGUUGUAAACAAUGGUGAUUUGUCUUUGAAAAAACCUCAGAGGAAUUGUAGAAAAAAGAGGGAUUUGACGCCAGAUUGUAAAAGUGUAGUGAAGGAGGCUGUGCCUUUGGUUGAUAAUUCUAUUAGGAUAUCUGAUGAGUUGCGAGAAGAUGAUGAGGAGAAUCUUGAAGAGAAUGCAGCGAGGAUGCUAUCAUCACGGUUUAAUCCAAGCUGUACUGGGUUUUCUUCAAGCAGCAAGGCUUCUGCAUUGCAAUCCAUGAAUGGGUUGUCUUGUCUGUCAUCUCCUGAUCGAGAUUUUGUUGGUUGUGUGUCUAAGUCAUUAUCUGGGUCAGAAUCUGCAUCAGUUGAUACUGCUUUUAGAGUAUUGAGACCAAGGAAGCAGCACAAAGAGAAGGGACAUUUAAGGAAGAGGCGCCACUUCUAUGAAGUUUUUUUUGGGGACUUGGAUGCAUAUUGGGUAUUAAAUCGGCGAAUAAAGGUCUUUUGGCCCUUGGACCAUAGUUGGUAUUAUGGCCUUGUGAAUGACUAUGAUAAAGAAAGAAAGCUUCAUCAUGUUAAAUAUGAUGACCGGGAUGAGGAAUGGAUUAACCUCAAGAAUGAGAGGUUUAAACUUUUGCUUCUGCCUAGUGAAGUACCUGGUAAGGCGGGGCAUAAAAAAUCAUUUAUGAGAAAUAGAAGUUCUCAUGAGGGAAAAAGACACUUGAAGGGUAAACAAAAAGAAAAGAAAGAUUUGACCACAGAGGAUGAUGGUUGCAUAGGCAGCUUUAUGGACUCGGAGCCCAUCAUCUCAUGGUUGUCUCGAUCCACUCGUCGGAUCAAAAUUCCUCCUUCAAGUGCUGCAAAGAAACGGAAGAGAUCCAGUCCAUCUUUGCAGCCUGUGUCUGUUGGUUCAUCUGAUGAAGCUGUAAAUCUGCAUUGUUGUUUGGACGGGGUUUCGUCAAGAAGAGAUUGGGAUAAAAGUAAAUUACCUGCUAAUUCUGAAUCACCAGACAGAUUACCUAACAUUGUAAGGCUUGAGAGGCCUACCAUGGCCACCACUUGCCCCAAAGACAGCAAAACGCCUAUUGUUUAUUUUAGGCGACGGCUUCACAAGUCAGGCCCAGACUUGUUUUAUACUUCUGAGGACACUCUUGUCUCCAGAACUGCACCUGGUUCUAUUGCAUCGUUUUGUCAUUUUGACGACAAAAUUGAGGAUUUCAAAGAACCUGAUGUUUCAAUUGGAAGGUUGGACACCAGUUUGUUUGACAGUAUAGGGUUGUUAGAUUUAUCUUUAACACCGCGAGAAUCAUGGAGGUUUGAGUUAAGCUUCCCAGUGCAGUUGGUCCUAAAUGACUCAUUUGGAGCAGACAACUUUUGGUUCUUUCAAGCUAUAUUACUACUUCAGAAUGGAAUAGUGAUGACCAUGUGGCAAAAGGUUCAGCUGGAGAUGCUUUUUGUUGAUAAUGUAGUUGGACUGAGGUUUCUCUUGUUUGAAGGUUACAUCAAGCAGGUUGUAGACUUUGUUUUUCUGGUCCUGAGAGUAUUUCAUGGAACAAAGGAACAGGGGAAGUAUGUAGGCUCUCAACUGCCAGUAACUUCGAUUAGGUUCAGAUUCUCAUCUGUUCAUGAUGUUAGAAAGCAGCUUGUAUUUGCAAUCUACAACUUCUCCCAACUGAAGAAGUCAAAGUGGUUGCACCUAGACCGUAAACUUAAGAGCUAUUGUUUGCUUACCAGGCAACUUCCUCUGUCAGAAUGUACUUAUGAUAAUAUUCAUGCCUUUCAAAAUGGAGGAAAUCAGUUGCCUAUAACUUCGAAUUGUGGGCGGCCCUCCUCUAUCAAGGGCUUACGGCAGAGGUCUAAUCAAGGUAUAAGUGUCGUGGGUUUGGCCAGAGAUUGCACCUAUGUUAAUAUCAGUGAGCUUUCAUCUAAUUCCAAUGAGAUGUCCUGGAAACUCGUUCCAUUUGCUCUUUGUUUUGCUGCUGCGCCUACUUUUUUUCUUAGCUUGCAUCUGAAGCUGCUUAUGGAACGCCGUGUGGCUCAUAUCAGUCUCCAGGCCGAUGAUUUAGUAGGGCAUCCAGAAAACUGUGGUUUGGUGGUGGAUGACUGUUCCAUUAUGGAGGACUGCUCUAAGGAUACUGGUGCAAAUAAUUUGAAGGCUUUGUCAAAGGACACUGCUUGUGAUGGAUGGCUUUCUUGUGGUAAAUCAGUUGAUAGGGAUUGCAUAAAGUUCUCUUGGAAGUGCAAAAAUGUCAAUCUUGAUGUGGCUGAAACCUCUGCUGCUGGUUCCCAAGAUUCUGAAAAGGUUGGAACUGAUGCCAUUGUUCAGCUGCAGAAGUGGCAAAGCCACCAUUCAGAGCCAGAACUUUGUUCUUUAUUGCCGAGACCUUCGUUCGAGAAGGAUAAGUCUGAUGCCAGUUCCCAUUCCUUUUUGAAUGGUCUCAGUGUUGAAAUUCCACUGUUUAAUCAAAUUGAGAAGCCUGAGGAAGGUGAAUUGAACAGUGGUCAAUAUUCUACAGAUCUGUCUUGGAGAAUGAAUGGUGGUGUUAUCCCUAGCCCCAACCCCACUGCUCCCAGGAGUACAUGGCAUCGAAAUAAAAAUAAUUUGUCAUCAUUUGGGUACCUUUCAAAUGGAUGGUCAGAGGGGAAGGCUGACAUCUUCCAAAAUGGUUUAGGCAAUGGGCCUAAAAGGGCACGAACUCAAGUUUCAUACUUGUCACCUCUUGGAGGUUUUGAUGUUAACUCGAAGAAUAGAAGUCAUCACCAUAAAGUGCAUCCUCACAAACGAAUUAGGAGGGCUAAUGAGAAGAGAUCGUUCGAUGUUCCUAGAGGUUCUCAAAGAAACAUGGAAUUGUUAUCUUGUGAUGUAAAUGUAUUAAUCACACUUGGUGACAGAGGGUGGAGAGAAUGCGGGGCACAAGUUGUACUAGAGCUUUUUGAUCAUAAUGAGUGGAGGCUUGCUGUAAAACUUUCAGGGACUACAAAGUAUUCAUACAAAGCCCAUCAGUUUUUGCAGCCUGGGUCAACAAACCGCUACACUCAUGCCAUGAUGUGGAAAGGAGGAAAAGAUUGGAUCUUGGAGUUUCCAGAUAGGAGUCAAUGGGCUCUUUUCAAGGAGAUGCAUGAAGAAUGUUACAAUCGUAAUAUUCGUGCUGCUUUAAUUAAAAACAUCCCCAUUCCUGGGGUUCGCUUGAUAGAGGAAAACGAUGAUAGUGGAACAGAAAUAGCAUUUGUUCGCAGCUCUUCCAAGUACUUGCGGCAGGUUGAAACAGAUGUUGAGCUGGCUUUGGAUCCAUCGCAUGUCUUAUAUGACAUGGAUAGUGGUGAUGAGCAGUGGAUUUUGAACAAUCCACGUUCUGCUGAAACUGACAACUGCAUCUUGGGAAAGAUCACUGAGGAGAUGUUUGAAAAAACAAUGGACAGGUUUGAGAAGGCUGCAUAUGCCCAAAAGUGUGAUCAGUUCACACCUGAUGAAAUUGAGGAUCUCACGCAUGGAGUUGGAGCCAUGGAUAUAACCAAAUCCAUUUAUGAGCAUUGGCGGCAAAAAAGGCAGAAGAAAGGGAUGCCUUUAAUCCGACAUCUUCAGCCACCUCUAUGGGAAAAGUAUCAACAACAAGUGGAUGAGUGGGAGCUAGCUAUGACCAAAGUCAAUACCAACCUCCCCAAUGGAUGUCAGGAGAAGGCUGCACCAAUUGAAAAGCCACCCAUGUUUGCUUUCUGUUUAAAACCACGGGGUUUGGAAGUCCCCAACAAGGGGUCAAAGCAAAGGUCGCAGAGGAAGUUUUCCGUUGCUGGGCACAGCAAUGCGGUAUUAGGAGAUCAGGAUGGUGUCCUUGCUUUUGGAAAAAGAUUAAAUGGGUUUGCUUUUGCCGAUGACAAGGCUGUAUAUCCGGGUCAUUACCAUGAAGCUUUAGAUGAUUCCCCUUUUCCUCAGGCAUCACCAAGGAUAUUUUCACCACAGAAUGCAGGCAACACAGGGUUAUUCUCUACAAACAACGAUGGCUUUGAUAGGAACCAAAUCCCAAGACUUAAGAGGAACAAGUCAAAGAAAUUUGGGACAUUUGUUUCUCUGAAUGACCAGCAGACAGUGAUGUCAUACAAUCAGAGAAUGAUGGACAAGAUAAAUGGGGUUCCCAUAUGGAAUAGGGGAUCACCAGAGCGGCCAAGACAGCAGCAUUAUCGCUUGGAUGGGUCUCAGAGACAUGGUAUUGAACGGUUGGAUGGUUCCGAUCUUGAUGAGUUCAGAUUGCGUGAUGCAUCUGGUGCUGCCCAGCAUGCAGUUAACAUGGCUAAGCUCAAGAGAGAGAAGGCUCAGAGGUUGCUUUACAGAGCAGAUCUAGCUAUUCAUAAAGCUGUGGUUGCUCUAAUGACUGCUGAAGCGAUCAAAGGUUCUGCCAAGGACGUAAAUGGAGAUGGGUAGAGUCGCCUAAUGAAGAGUGAGAUGAAAAGCUGGAAAUUCACCAAUUCCUUCAGCCACCUGUUUACAUUGUUUCGUCGAUGGUGGUGGUGUGGCCUUUUGUCAUGAUUCAUAGAUUACAUAAUGGUCUUUUAACGUGAAGCUCUGAGCGGUGAAAGAGGAGAAAGAUUUGUUGCUUCAACAGUAUUUUGCUACUUCCAUCAGUUUUUUGGCCAGCAUAAAGUGCAAUCGUUGUACCGAUCCUGCAGGGUUUAGGGCUUUUGGCUGCCAAUCUUUGUACAGAAAAAUUUUCCCCAUUUAAUUUUGGUUCUUUUCCUCCCUUAACCUCAGUUUUUAAGUGUUUGAUAAUUAAAGAAGCACCCGGUGCUAAUAAUACAACGCGACAUGAUUGGAAUCGCAA